AUGUCAGACGCUAAGAAGCCCAAGCUUGACUCUAGCACCAUGAGAAUCUGUACCCAUUCUGGCUCCUUUCACGCAGAUGAAAGUUUGGCUGUUUAUCUUUUGAGACUUUUGCCGAAGUUUCAAGGCUCUCAGUUGGUGAGAUCCAGAAACCCCACCGACUGGGAAGAAUCCGACAUUGUUGUUGAUGUUGGAGGAAAAUACGACGGCGGAAUCAAGUGGUUUGAUCACCAUCAGCGUGAAUUUAGCGAGACAUUCUCGCAGAACUUUCAAACCAAGCUUUCGUCUGCCGGUUUGAUCUACAAGCACUUUGGUAAAGAAAUCAUUCAACACGUGCUUGAUUUGAAGAAGCCUAGCGACAUUGAGCUUCUUUACUUGAAGGUGUAUAAGGAAUUCAUCGAGGCGAUUGAUGCGAAUGAUAAUGGUAUCAAUAAUUAUCCAUCUGAUGUUGAAAAGAAGUUUAAUGACAAGAAUUUGGGUCUUCCAGCACUUGUCUCUCACUUGAACCCAGCUUGGAACGUCGACCCUGUAGACAAAGACUUUGACGAGGCUUUUGAAAAGGCCAGUGAGUUGAUGGGCCUGGCUUUCCUCAACUUGGUCAAAGGUUACGGACAGCUGUGGUUGCCAGCAAGAGAUAUUGUUGAAGAAGCAUUUAAGAGUCGUUUUGACACUCAUAAAUCGGGCGAAAUCCUCGUAUUGGGGAAAUUCUGCCCAUGGAAGGAGCAUCUUUAUGCCAUUGAAAAGGAGAACAACGCCCAAGGAUCCAUCAAGUUUGUCUUGUUUUCAGACUCAAGUUCCAAAUGGCGUAUCUCUACCGUUCCAGUGACCUCCACUAGUUUCGAGUUCAGAUUCGGUCUUCCUGAACCAUGGAGAGGUGUGAGAGACGAAGAGUUGUCCAAAUUGACUGGUGUGGAUGGAUGCAUUUUCGUUCAUGCUGCAGGCUUUAUUGGCGGAGCUGAAACGCAAGAUGCGGUUAUGGAACUUGCUAGAUUAGCUUUGGAGUCUAAAUAA